CCUGUUCGCUUCCUUAACAACAAACAGAGCAGAACCUCCAGAUUUAGUCGGACUGUUUAAAGAAAUAUGGUUUAUUGUCGCUACAUCAUCAUAUACUUUGGGGCUGUAUAAGAUAAGUGAAGCUGGAUUUCUCAGUUUAAGCGGAGAUACAGGCUGAGGAGCGGGAAGCUAACCCAUUAACAGACGUUUUUUUUUGUUUUUUAUCGAAGUUAAACCUUGUCUGAUUAAACAUCUGAACUUGGAAGAACAGACAGCAGAAUGGCCUUUCAGCCCAGUCGGUACAGGACUUUUUUGAUUGUGAUACCACGCUCUUACCAGCUUCGGCCAACACCUUCACGGUCCAUGUCUUUGUUCUGCCCGUGAUUCACAAAUUGCUCGUCAAAACUCGCAUAUCUCUGGGACACAGUACCCGUCUCCUUCUUGAAUGCAGACGGGAAAAUGUUUAAUGAAUUUUCUUAAUUCGCCGCUCAUCUAAUGCAACGGCUGGAGCAUGUUAGAAAGUUGCUUUGAACACUGCGAUGGAUGAGGACGCCCCGACCUUGAAGCCCAGACGGAUCCAGAAUCAGAAUGUGGUCUAUCGUCUGGAGAGACGAAGAGUCUGCUCUGGUCGACCUGGAGCUCACUGGUACCGAGUGCGCUGCUUUCACCAGAACCUGUUCCCUAACUUCACUGUAGUGAACGUGGAAAAGCCACCCUGCUUCCUCAGGAAGUUCUCGCCAGAUGGACGCUACUUCAUCGCCUUCUCAUCUGACCAGACAUCCCUGGAGAUAUAUGAAUACCAAGGCUGUCAGGCAGCUCAGGACCUGCUGCGAGGCCAAGAAGGAGAGACUCUUUCAACAGCCAAUGACCAGCGCUCCCUCAACAUCCGGGGCUGCCUGUUCGAGCGCUUCUUCUCUUUGCUCCACGUCACUAAUGUGGCCUCAAACGGAGAACACCUCAAUCGGGAGUGUAGCCUCUUCACGGAUGACUGCAGAUACGUCAUCGUCGGCUCGGCCGUUUACGUCCCCGAUGAUCCGCCGCCGUACUUCUUCGAGGUGUAUCGCAACAACGAGUCUGUGACUCCCAACCCUCGGUCUCCUUUAGAAGACUACUCUCUCCACAUCAUCGACCUCCACACCGGGAGGCUGUGCGACACCAGGUCCUUUAAGUGUGAUAAGAUCAUCCUGUCUCACAACCAGGGCCUCUACCUCUACAGGAAGAUUCUGGCUGUGCUGUCUGUCCAACAGCAGACCAUCCACGUGUUUCAGGUGACCCCUGAUGGAACGUUUCUGGAUGUAAGGACCAUCGGGCGCUUCUGUUAUGAGGAUGACCUACUCACGCUCUCUGCUGUUUAUGCAGAAGCUCAGGCAGAGAGCCAGACUGGCUUCCCUCGCCUCUUCACAGACAAAACCAUCAACUCCCUCAAGCACAGACUGCUGGUCUACCUGUGGAGGAGAGCGGAGCAGGACGGCAGCGCCACGGCCAAGAGGAGGUUUUUCCAGUUUUUCGAUCAACUCAGACGGCUCAGGAUGUGGAAGAUGCAGCUGCUGGAUGAGCAUCACCUCUUCAUUAAAUACACAAGCGAAGACGUGGUCACGCUGAGAGUCACCGACCCGUCGCAGCCAUCGUUUUUUGUCGUCUACAACAUGGUGUCCACAGAGGUGUUGGCUGUCUUUGAGAACACCUCUGACCAGCUGCUGGAGCUCUUUGAGAACUUCUGUGACCUUUUCAGGAACGCCACCCUGCACAGCCAGGCCAUCCAGUUCCCCUGUUCCGCUUCGUCCAACAACUACGCACGCCAGGUCCAAAGAAGAUUUAAAGACACCAUAGUGAAUGCCAAAUACGGCGGCCACACUGAAGCGGUGCGGCGCCUGCUCGGUCAGCUGCCCAUCAGCGCCCAGUCGUACAGCAGCAGCCCUUUCCUCGACCUGUCGCUCUUCAGCUACGACGACAAGUGGGUGUCAGUGAUGGAGAGGCCCAAGACCUGCGGAGACCAUCCCAUCAGGUUUUACGCCCGAGACUCCGGCCUGCUGAAGUUUAAGAUCCAGGCAGGGCUGCUUGGUCGACCCGUUAAUCACGCCGUGCGCCGCCUGGUUGCCUUCACCUUCCAUCCCUUCGAACCUUUUGCAAUCUCUGUUCAGCGAACCAAUGCGGAGUAUGUGGUCAACUUCCACAUGAGACACGUCUCAGCAUGAUGAACAGGCGUGUGGAGGGAUAAACUGUAGCCCUCGAGUGCAACUCCCAGCUCUCCUACUGAGAAGCGUCCACUCUUCUGCUCCUCACUCAGGGCUCCGGGACAUUGUCCAUAUCAAAUGUCCAGGCUCAAAUUUUCAGAGUUCUCAGUGUGUUUUGUCAAUUUUUUAAAGUCUAAAUAUAAACGUUCAGCAGAUCACAGCUGAUGUUCUCACACUGGUCAGGAUUUAAGUAUGAAACCAAAAAACAGGUGGAUGGAUGGAUGGAUGGAUGGAUGGAUGGAUGGAUGUUUUAAACAAUGGGAUAAGGAAUCCAGUCUUGACAUGCCGAUAUUUUUUCCAUACUCUUCUUUCUCCAUACGCCAUAGAAUCCUUGAUCCCUCCUCCGGCCCGCCACUCUCCUCCUCAUCACGCAGCGCUUUCCGCCUCCCUCUUUUUUUUUUUUUUUUUGUCUGCAGAACAAAGAAGGAGCUGUGGGGAGGAGAGGAUGGAAAAAGUGUAAAUGUGUAAGAGGGUGAUUGAUGUUCCACAGAGGUGGGAUUCAGAAGGGUUUUUAUGUCAUCCAUUGUUAUCGUUUGAUCCUCAACAAACUUUGUUUUUUUAAUUUUUAUAUUGUUUUACUUUUUAAUGUUUGACUGUACAUAUUCUAAAACCAAUAAAGUUCAAUUUGAUUUUCAGCUUUA